AUGGCACAAGGAAAAGUAGCAAUUAUUAUUUAUUCAUUAUAUCAUCAUGUUUAUGAUUUAGCUUUAGCAGAAAAAGCUGGGAUUGAAGCUGCUGGAGGUAGUGCUGAUAUUUAUCAAGUUGCUGAAACAUUAUCUGAUGAUAUAUUAGCUAAAAUGCAUGCACCUGCUAAACCAGAUAUUCCAAUUGCUACUCAUGAAACUUUAACUCAAUAUGAUGCAUUUUUAUUUGGUAUUCCAACAAGAUUUGGUAAUUUCCCAGCACAAAUUAAAGCAUUUUGGGAUAGAACUGGAGGUUUAUGGGCUAAAAAUGCUUUAAGAGGUAAAUAUGCUGGAGUUUUCGUUUCUACUGGUACUCCAGGAGGUGGACAAGAAACUACAAUUAUUAAUAGUUUAAGUACUUUAGCUCAUCAUGGAAUUAUUUAUGUACCAUUUGGUUAUGGAUAUCCUGGUAUGACUGAUUUAGAAGAAGUUCAUGGUGGUUCUCCAUGGGGAGCUGGUACUUUUGCUUCAGGUAAUGGAUCAAGAAAAGUUACUGAUUUAGAAAAAGCUAUUGCUAAACAACAAGGUGAAGAUUUUUUUAAAACUGUUUUCAAAUGA